CGUGGCAAGACGCCGUGGCGGUCGUGUCGUGUGUCCUCCCGUCCCGUCCAGCGCCCGCUAGCCCGUUUCACUCGGCACCCUUCUUCACCCUCCCAACGGGGCAAGAGCACUGGGUGGCAACCAGUGAUCCAAGGUGCCUUUUGUCAAUCCUCCGUACAGUGCAGUGUCCCCGUGUGUAGCGAACCGAACCGACCGUGAACCGGUGAGAGAGAGAGCGAAAGCCACCGAAACGGGCAAGUCCCAGAGUGUGGCAUCGAUUUCAGUGUCCAGCCCAGACAGACGAUUACUGUUCGAGCCGGACAGAGAGUGAUUGGUUUUUUGUUUUGUUGAAAAAGAUGCAAAAGCUGCAACAUUAUGUUGUUAUGCUGUCCUGAUCGUGAUCGAUCAACAAGUGAUGCUAGUUAGUGUUGGUUUUCCGAGUGUCUGUGCUGCUGUGUGUGCCUCUCAGUGUGUGUAAAGUGAAGGGAAAGCAACUGUAGCAGCAUUAAGAAGGUAGAAGAAACCGUCGGCACAUCGGGAUCGACAACAAGAACAAGGAUCGUGGACAGCAUUCGGUUUCGAUUUUGAAUGAAGGACAGGGCAACGAUGGGAGAGUCGACACCGAUCUGUCGUUGCCGGGUACUGUACCUGGGCAGUGCGGUGCCGCGCCAGAGCAAGGACGGUCUACAGGGUAUCCAGGAGCCGCUCCGCAGCCUGUACCCGUCCGAGGGUGCGAUCGGUGCCAAGGGUAUCGACUCGUGGCUCAGCGUCUGGUCCAAUGGCAUCCUGCUGGAGAACGUCGAUGAGAACCGGAAGCAGGUGACGCGAUUCUUUCCGAUCGACUCACUGCACUACUGUGCCGCCGUCCGUCAGGUGCUGAUACCGGAGCGCGGCAACAGCAACCCGGAACCGAAGUUCCUGCCACUCGAUUCCCCGUUCGCACGGACACCGCGCGCCCAGCAUCCACCGAUUUUUGCGGCCAUUCUACGGCGCACAACCGGCAUCAAGGUGCUCGAGUGUCACACUUUCAUCUGCAAACGGGAGGCGGCCGCCAACGCGCUCGUUCGCUGUUGCUUCCACGCGUACGCCGACAAUUCGUACGCCCGGCAACUGGAGGGUUCCGGCAGUGGUGGCAGCGGUUCCAACAGUGUCUACGGUACGAUCGGUGGCAAAUCGAAUGGAACCGGAGGGGGUGGCGGUGCCGGUGGUGUCGAUGGUGGCGGUUGGCGAUCACGUGCCGGUAGCACCACCACGCUCAACAGUGUCGGUGUCAGCCGGCAGGCAAUUAACGGCGUCACCGAUGCGUACACGGUCAAGAAUCUUUAUGCGAGCAGCGCCGACCUGGAGGUGGUGGACGAUGGCGAAAGCUCCCUGUACAAUGGCGACGAGAACCAUAAGGUGUGGAACGGUUCGACCGAUCAGAUCGAUGGCAUCGGCUUUGGUAACGAUGGUCACUACGAUAUCUACUCCGGUCCAGGCAGCACCGCUGGUGGUGUUGGUGUUGGGGGUGGUGGCGGCGGCGGCGGCGGUGGCUCCACGCUUGGGCGCCCGGCCCGUAUUCGCCAGAUCAGCGCACCGGUGCCGGUUCCGCCGCCACCGAAAGAGGAACCGAAAAAGUCGAAAAAAGACAAGAAGCUGGCGAGCAAGGCGGCUGCUGCUAGUCAGCAACAGCAACAGCAACAGUUUCAGCUGCAGCAGCAACUCCAACACCAACACCAGCUCCAGCUACAACAGCAGCAGCAGGUAGGAGGAAGUCAAAGUCUAUCCGGUACGCUUAUAAGACCACGUCCAAUGCACAUGAAUCCACUAGGUCGGCCGGCUGGUGGAGCAGCCAACCACCACCACCACCACCCGCACCACCCUCACCACCAGUCAGCCAGCUCUGCCGCAGCGAUGGCGGCCGCCGCAGCCGCCGCACAUCACGGCAUGAUGAUGUACCAUCCGGGCGGUGUCGGCGCCGGCAUGCCACCGCCACCGGUUCCCGGUCGCCAGUUCCACACGAUCGGUCACCGCAGUAUGAACGGUGGUGGUGCGAUGGCGAUGGCGGCGAUGGCCGCCCAUGCCGCCGCUGCCGCUGGUCACCCUUCACCCUCCCAUCCUACCCACCUGCUACACCCUUCCCAUCCGUCGGCGCAUCCGGCGCACCUCGCCGGCAUGGCACCGCUGCCGGCGAUGAUGAUGGCCCCGCAGUACGCCACGCUCCAGCAUCCGCGCACGAGCAAAAGCAAGAAGAACAAACAGGACAAACACGGCAAAACGCUGGCCAACGGGGGCCUCAACGGUGGGCUCGGUAGCAACGGUGGUGGACCGAUCCCGAUCGGUGUCCCGAUCGUGCCGCCCAUGUUCGCCUAUCCGCCGCCCCAGGCCAUGGCAAACGGCGUCCACGGAGACGGUCGGCCACUCUCGAUGAGCAACCGGAAGCUGGCGCAAUCGGCCGCCGCCGGUCUGGACGAUGUGUCGACUGGUGGCGGCGGUGGUGGUGGCACAUCCGGUGCGGAGUCUCCUGGCGGUACCGGGAUCUAUCGGCGCAAGGGGCAUCUGAAUGAGCGCGCCUUUAGUUACUCGAUCCGCCAGGAACACCGCAGCCGGAGCCAUGGGUCCCUCGCGAGCCUUCAGUUCAAUCCGCCCGAUCUCAAGAAGGAGCGCGAGAUCGCACAGAUGGUGGCCGGCUUGGAGCUGACCGCUGACGAUGACUCGACGUUGCGCCGUCGCUCGGAGGUGGCCGGUUCGUCCGGGACGUUCGGUAAACCGCGACGAUAAUCCUCGAUCCUUUGUUCCCUGAAUUCCUUCCAUGCUUUUUAUUCCCCUUCUCCUCGUUUAUUCCCCCCCACCCCCCCACAAAACAUGGUGGCAAUGUGUACGAUAGCAGAUGAUAGGAGAUGAGAUGAUGAGGAGCAGCAGCUGCAUCACAGUAUCGGCAUUAGAAAGACGAAUUUAGGUGUUAAGGCGUAGGGCGGGUCUCCAUAUGUGCUAUAAGGGUUUAAGGCGUCCAAAAUGAAAAAUCUACAUACACACUAAUACACGCAGAUAGCAGAGAGAUAGCAGAGGACGGAAGGUUAAGUAGAAUCCGAUUACCAAACCAGAACAAUCUCUGGCCGCCAGAGUCCCCAGGAGCACUAGGGAUGCGAAGCACUUUUAAUACUCCCGAAUUCGGUUUUAAAACGUUUGCGACCGAGACAGAGAGAGAGAGAGAGAGAGAGAGAGAGAGAGAAAGAGGGGACCAUCAUGCAGAGCAGAGAAACGAGCAACGAAAUGUGCCUUAUUAGGUAAUUAACUAAUUUAAUCUUAAACAAAAGCCACCCGGCUGGCCACGAAAGUGAAAUUAGAAAAUGGGCUGCAAUUGAAGAUCGUUUGUGCUUCGAGCCACCACCAGCCGCCACCUCAUCUCACAUACAUCAGCGAACAGACAAAAGGCUUCAAGAGAAAAGAUCACGAAGUUUUUUGUUUUAUUUUUAAACCUUCCACCCCCCGGGAGGGAAGGUGUGUUAUCUUUGGGGUGAAAUUGUAAAGUGAAUCUGAUUUACGCAACCGAUCGUCGUACCGCACUCACGGAGUAAUUUGCUACCGGUGGUGAAAAUCGGAUCGACUUGAACCUCUCUCGCGCUCUCCCUUGCUCUCCAUCUCCCGUUCCGAAAUUGCCAUCGCGGGAAAUCGAAAAUGCUGCCACCGAAAGCACACAUACUGCGUGUACGUGCGUUUGCGUUGCGUAAAACUACGCAGGCGGGGGGCAGGUCGGAAAAAGGUGAGAGUGAUCGAGAGAAAGAUGAUCUCUCCCCCCCCGCGGGGGGUUGGGGAGGUAACCACUUUCGAAGUAAACAGUCUCCACAGGGGAUUGUCUGGCACUUGUGCUGGAGUUUUGGUGUUUUUGAUGCGUGAAAGGACAAAAGAAAAGCUGCACAAUCCUGAUGAGCUGAUAAGUCAGAACCAGACAUGAGUUGCCUAAGGGAAAAGGUACUGGUGGUGGCUCCAGGGGAACCAGAAUUGGAAAGCAUCGUAGGGGACCUUAGGGAAUCAAUCAGAAGGAAGGCAUAGAAGGGCGGCAUCUGGUAGCUUCACUACGCAGAAAAGAUUAACAUGAGGUCUUUGCCAGGGGAGCACGUUACGUUCUUUUAUAUAUAUAUAAAAAAAACAAAUGAAGUCGCAAACGGGGCACAUAGACAACGGUAGCGUUUAAGCAAUGGAUGCAAGGAUCCGAUGUAUAGCAGUUAAGAGCAUGUACCAUUAUUAUUGAGAUCAAUCCUGGACUGACGGUCCGUCCGGUCCAAGCGGCCAUCAGCAGAUCAUCAGCAAGAAUUCAAUUUCUCUUCCAUCUGUUUUUUUUUUAUCGACUAAUCCCCCCCCGGCAGGUGGCCCGGUAGACGUAGAAAAGCGACGGAAAACUGCGUAUUAGAUUGUUAUGUCUGUUUAUUUUAAUCCCCCCAAAAGCAAAAUACAAAAUACUCGAAUAUGGAAAAUGCAAAUCAGAGUCUUCUCUCGCGGCGUCUCGGGUAUGGUCAUGGACCUAAUGGCAUUCCAGCUCCUCG